AUGGUAAUGUCGACUCAAUUUCCAUCAUUCAAGCGGGCCCAUACGGAUCUCCCGGCGCAGUCAUCGAGUCCGCUACGAAACGGGUCAACCGCGUCCACAAACUCCUCUGCAUACUCUGUUGUUUCCAGCUCAUUCGUUCCGAGUCGAACAAGCACAGUCUCAUCCAAUGCCUCGAUUCAGAGCAACCUAGGACAUCACCGAGGAAAGAGCGAAGCCAGCUCCAUCACCAUGGACUCGGCUGGACAAGGAAGCUGGGCAAAUGCCGGGUCGACAUAUGAAAACAUCCGCCGGUCCCUGCGCCCUUUGCAACAGGCGCCGAACUUUACCCCAUCUUCUCCUAAGACCGGCGCGUAUCGACACUCGCGUAGCAACACUAUCGACGAGCACCAAUUCAAUAAGGCACAUCGGCCCAGUACCCCCGAAUCGCAUCAUGUCCACUUUAAGGAAAAUGAAUCACCUCGAUACAAAUCGCCCGCUUUCGAACCUCAGACACCUCCCCGUGGCGCUUCACCUCGACACUGGUCUCCCAAUCCAACUCCAGGAUCAUCGCGUCCGUCGUCACCCCAGAAACAGCUGUCGAACAGCCCUCGUCCUCCACCACUAAGUACCGCUCUCUCUGCACCUGAGCUCGAAACUUUCCAAAAAUCAGCGACGGGCCAUCUCAGAACGCUGUCCAAGAUUGCUCAAUCUGGCGAAACGGAGGAAUUUCAAUUUGGCACGACAACACCUUCCGUGGUUGGCUUGCAAGGACGGCGACGGUUGAAGCGUGCGGGCUCGGUUGCUGGGAGAAAUGGUGCGAGAUCACCAGAGAAGCCCAAGGUCUCCUCAUGGGCAGCUGGGAAUUGGAUGGACCAGCAACGGCAAUUCUUGCAAGCCUAUGAAUACUUGUGUCACAUUGGAGAGGCCAAAGAGUGGAUUGAACAGGUUAUCGAGAAGCAGAUUCCUCCAAUUGUUCAGCUGGAGGAAGCUUUGCGGGAUGGUGUUACACUGGCGGAGGUGGUGCAGGCCAUGUACUCGAAUCGACCUCUGCGCAUCUUUCGGAACCCAAAGUUGCAGUACCGUCAUUCAGACAACAUCGCCCUCUUCUUCCGCUUCUUAGACGAGGCCGGGCUGCCUGAACUGUUCCGAUUCGAGCUCAUUGACCUCUACGAGAAGAAGAACAUCCCCAAAGUCAUCCACUGCAUUCACGCCCUAUCUUGGUUGCUUUUCAAGAAUGGGAUGCUCGACUUCCGCAUGGGAAAUCUAGUUGGCCAACUCGAGUUUGAGCACCAUGAGCUCGAAAAAACUCAGAAGGGUCUUGACAAAGCAGGCGUCAGCAUGCCAAGCUUUGCGGACAUGGCUGCGAAUUUCGGCGCAGAGCCUGAACCCGAACCGGAACCGGUCGAAUCGGAAGAGGAGCGCAUCGAUCGUGAGCUACAUGAGAAUGAGGGCUCAAUCGGGGAUUUCCAGGCUCUAAUCAAGGGCGCAAUGUUGCGCUUGAAACUCGGGAACACGAUGAAUGACCUUUGGGACUUCGAGCCUCUGCUUAUUGAGUUACAGUCACGCUUGCGUGGGGACUGGGCCCGACAAAUCAGCUCGUAUCGACUCAGCAUGCGUCAGUUUGCUGUCCAGCUCCAGGCAAUCAGCCGCGGCUUUAUCGUGCGCCACCGUCAGCAAGGAGAGAUGCAAUGGCGAAAGGCUCAAGAAUGCGAUAUUCUGGAGCUGCAAAGCCUCAUCCGUGCUUCAAAGGUGCGAGCUCAAACAAACACCUUGCAGUCUCGCAUUCGAAAAGAAGAGCAUGGAAUCAAGCAAUUCCAGGCUGCCAUCCGGGGAGCAUUACAGCGCAAGGAUGUUACCGAUCAAUACGAAGAAACUCGAUAUGCCGAAAACGAUGUUACAACCCUCCAGGCAUUGAUCCGAGGUGCUUUGCAACGAAACCAAAGAAGUGCACAAUCACAAGCCGUUGAGAAAGCCAGUAGCCCUGUCAAAUCACUGCAGGCAGUGAUCAGAGGAAAUGUUGCUCGUCAGCACAUCUCUCAAAUAAAAACGACCCUUCACAAGGAAGUCCCUACCAUCACAUCGCUCCAGUCCUUUGCUAGGGCUCUAGCGACCAGAAAGCAGCGAUCACUAGCUGUGGACGCUCUUAAUUCCACGGUGAAUGAGUGCAGUAAGUUGCAAGCUCACGUGCGAGGUGCGGCUUUGAGAAAACACAACUCGGCUCUUCGUGCUGAGUUGAUCCAGCAUACCUCAGCCGUGACUAUCCUUCAGGGAGUGCUCAGGGGCAGGGCCAUGAGGCAACACCUAGUGUCGCAGCGAGUUGCAUUGAUGAACCAAGAGAGCACCAUCUUGGACUUGCAGUCAAGGGUCCGGGCUAUCAUCCUGCGCAAGCACUUGGAAGCCGACCGACAAGUUCUGCAGAGAGAAGAACCCUCCAUUGUAAAUCUCCAAGCUCUUGCUCGCGCAGCCACCUCCCGGAUCGAAGUUGGCAGCAUUCUUUCCCGUCUCGAAGAACAUGAAGAGGAAGCUGUACAACUUCAGGCACUGGCUCGCGCAAUGAUAGUUAGGGUCGAGGUUGGUCACAUGCUGACUGAUCUUGAGGAUGAGGAGGAUAUCACCACCGACUUCCAAUCAUGGAUUAGAGGAAUGAUCAUUCGCAAUCGAUUUGAGGAGAGACGUCGCCACUACCAUGAGAACAUGGAGAAGGUCAUCAAGGCUCAAAGUGUCAUCAGAGGCCGAAUUCAGGGUCAAGCUUACAAGAGUUUGACAAACGGCAAGAACCCACCUGUUGGAACUGUCAAAGGCUUUGUACAUCUUCUCAACGACAGUGACUUCGACUUCGAUGAGGAGAUCGAGUUUGAGCGCCUGCGAAAGGUUGUGGUUCAGCAAGUUCGGCAAAAUGAAGAGGCAGAGCAGUAUAUCAGUCAGCUGGACAUCAAGAUUGCCCUCCUCGUCAAGAACAAAAUCACCCUCGAUGAAGUUGUCAAGCAUCAGAAGCAUUUUGGAGGACACAUUGGCAACUUGUUGUCCAACACCGAGAUCUCCUCCAAAGACCCAUAUGAUCUCAAGGCGUUGAACAAGACAUCGAGGCGGAAGCUGGACCAGUACCAGGUCUUUUUCUUCCUCCUUCAAACCCAAUCCCAGUAUUUGGCCCGUCUGUUCCGUCGACUCCGCGAGAUCAACACAUCGGACAAGGAAUACGAGAGGAUCAGGCUACUGAUGAUGGGUCUUUUCGGAUACUCGCAGAAACGACGUGAAGAGUACUACCUCGUCAAGCUUAUUGCUCGCUCUGCCAAGGAGGAUAUCGAGCACUUUGCCUCCCUUCCCGAAUACCUGCGCUCCACUUCCUUCUGGAACAAACUCUUCAGCUCCUACGCCAAGUCACCCCGAGACCGAAAGUUCAUGCGCGAUGUCAUGGGUACUGUGGUGAAGGAAUCUAUCAUCGAAAACCCCGAGCUUGACCUCGAGAGCGACCCGAUCCAAAUCUACCGCUCUUCCAUCAACAAUGAAGAGCUCCGCACAGGCCAACGCAGCCGUCGCCCGGCGGACCUUCCCCGAGAAGAAGCUAUCAGGGAUCCUGAAACUCGCGAGACCUUCAUUCAGCACUUGCAAGAUCUGCGCGACCUUGCUGAUCAGUUUUUCGCUGCCUUCGAAGACUUCCUGUACCGAAUGCCUUUCGGAACCAGGUACCUUGCCCAGCAAAUGUACGAGAACCUCCUUGCACGAUUCUCGAACGAGGACCCGGGCUUUAUUCUGCAGACAGUCGGCCACUGGGUCUGGAAGAAUUAUUUCCAACCUGCAAUGCUCGAGCCAGAGAAGUACGGCGUUGUGGACCGGGGCUUGACCCAAGAGCAAAAGAGAAAUCUCAGCGAGAUCGCCAAGGUGGUUGCGCAGGUCGCUUCUGGAAGACUCUUUGGGGCCGAGAAUGUCUACCUCCAACCUCUUAACUCUUACAUCGGCGAGUCAAUACAACGGUUAGGUCGCAUCUGGGGCCAGGUGGUCUCGGUCCAGGAUGCAGAGUCCUACUUUGACAUCGAUGAAUUCAACGAUCUUUACGCAAAGGCCAAGCCGACUUUGUAUAUCAAAAUGUCCGAUAUCUUUUCCAUUCACCAACUUGUGGCCUCGCAGAUCGACUUUAUGUGCCAGAACCCCGAUGACAUCCUCAAACAGUUUGUGCGAGAACUUGGCAAUGUAAAACGCAACGAGAGCGAAUUGAUGAGCGUCAGCACUACCGAGAUCAAUCUCACGCUGAACCCGAAAUUGGCUCAGAUGGAAGAUCCGGAGGCUGAGGUUAAGGCACUCUUCAUGGAGACCAAGCGAUGCAUCCUCUACAUUAUCCGAGUGCAAACUGGUGCCAACCUAAUGGACAUUAUGGUCAAACUACCCACGGAUGAAGAUGAAGCAAGGUGGCAGACAUUGGUUCGAGAAGAACUGCACACAAACAAUCCUCGACGUGGUGCCUACGGCGAGGCCAGUACUUUGGUUGACAUCGGCUCAAUGAGCUACUCAGAGCUUAAGGGCACCGCUCUCGAAAACAUCCUUCGUCUUGAACAGGCUGGCAAAAUCUCUCGGCAAAACCACUACCAAGACCUCCUAAAUGCCAUCGCCAUUGAUAUUCGCACAAAACACCGCCGGCGAAUCCAACGAGAACGCGAGCUGGAGGGUGCACGACUCACUUCCACCCGCCUCAAAGACCAAGCCCUCUAUCUGGAUCAGCAGCUGAAGACCUACAACGACUACAUCGAGCAGGCCAUGGUUACGCUCCAGAACAAGAAGGGCAAGAAGCGCUUCCUGAUGCCUUUCACCAAGCAAUGGGACCACCAAAGAGAGCUUCAGAAGUCAGGCAAGGUGUUCAAGUUCGGAUCCUACAAGUACUCUGCCCGCACUCUGGCCGACCGAGGUGUAUUGGUUUCUUGGAAGGGCUACACUGAGCGCCAAUGGGACCGCGUGGACUUGACCAUCUCCAGUAAUGAAGUUGGAGUAUUCACCAUUGAUGGAAGCAGCGGCAACAUGAUGGUCCCCGGUGCCAAUGCGCAGAUCCCCUUGGAUGACUUACUCCAGGCCCAGUUCAACAACACACAGUUCAUGGACUUCUUUGAGGGUCAGAUGCGUGUCAACGUGAACUUAUUUUUGCAUUUGAUUAUGAAGAAGUUCUACAACGAGUGA